AAAGAUCGCGCCACCGGAAGUGACAUCCCGUGUUUUCCUGUUAGUCCCAGCACGUGUGAGCUGUGAGCAAAACGGAGCAGAUUUUUCCUGUUAGUUUCUUUUUGUACCCCUGAGAUGCAGAUCUGCAGCGUUUGCAGCGAACAGACCCCGAAAUACAAAUGUCCAUCCUGUCGCAUCAGAUAUUGUUCUCUUGGCUGUUACAAGAGGCAUACAGACACCUGUGCACCUGUAGAGCAGCCUGCACCUCCUCAUCAUGAAGCUGAGAGGACCUCAAACACCGAGCAGUGGACCGUCGAGGAUCUUCUGCAUGAAGGGGACAUCGUUGACAAAGUUCCUCUGCAGAGACUCCAGCUGCUCGGUCAGUCGAAGGAGCUCAGGGAUCUUCUUUGUAACCCUCAUCUGAGACGCUUGUUACGCUCCGUUGAUGCUGCAGACAACAAAUCAGACGCCAUGAAGGCCGCCAUGCAGGAGCCGCUGUUUGUUGAAUUCUCUGAUCAGUGUUUGAGAAUCGUGGACGACAAAGCGGAGCGCUCACCCUUCAGUAAAGCUGCUGAUUCAUAGAACCUUUAGUUACACAUCUUUAUACUUUAAGAGAACGUUUCUAAGUACGCCAUUUGUGACUUUUUGUACAGUUUCCUGUCCUUUGCCUUCUUGUGCUACGGCAUUUUAAUAAAUGCUUAAUGUUUUUAACCAUGUAAA